ACAGCGGCCGGCAGCCCGGGAAGCAGCGGCGGGGAGCCAGCGCCGAGGAGGAGGCGGUGGCAGAGGCAGAAUGUGGAAGGCUACUGCAGGCCACACCGUGUCCGUCAGCCAGGAUGACGGAGCUGAUGACUGGGAGACGGAUCCAGACUUUGUGAAUGAUGUGAGUGAGAAAGAGCAGCGCUGGGGAGCUAAAACCGUGAAUGGGUCCGGCCACCAAGAGCACAUCAAUAUUCAUCAGCUGAGGGAGAAUGUGUUCCAAGAGCACCAGAACCUCAAAGAAAGGGAGCUGCAAACAGGACCAAAAGCUUCCCAUGGCUACGGAGGGAAGUUUGGCGUGGAACAAGAUCGCAUGGACAAAUCAGCUGUUGGACACGAAUACCAAUCCAAACUUUCUAAGCAUUGCUCCCAAGUGGAUUCGGUGAAAGGGUUUGGUGGCAAGUUUGGAGUGCAAACCGAUAGAGUUGACCAGUCAGCUGUUGGGUUUGAAUACCAGGGCAAAACUGAGAAGCAUCCCUCCCAAAAAGACUACUCAAGUGGUUUUGGUGGAAAAUACGGAGUACAGGCUGACAGAGUGGACAAGAGUGCAGUGGGGUUUGAUUACCAGGGGAAAACUGAGAAACACGACUCCCAGAAGGAUUAUUCCAAGGGCUUUGGUGGUAAAUAUGGUGUCGACAAGGACAAAGUGGAUAAAAGUGCUGUUGGCUUUGAAUAUCAAGGCAAAACGGAAAAACAUGAAUCACAGAAAGAUUAUGUAAAGGGCUUCGGAGGCAAGUUUGGUGUGCAGACAGACAGACAAGACAAGUGUGCCCUUGGCUGGGACCACCAGGAGAAGGUGCAGCUGCACGAGUCCCAGAAAGACUAUAAGAGUGGUUUCGGAGGGAAAUUUGGUGUACAGACAGAAAGGCAGGACCCAUCUGCUGUGGGGUUUGAUUACAAGGAGAAACUAGCCAAGCAUGAAUCUCAACAAGAUUAUUCCAAAGGAUUUGGAGGGAAAUACGGUGUCCAGAAAGAUCGGAUGGACAAGAAUGCAGCAACUUUUGAAGAUAUUGAGAAACCAACAUCAACUUAUCAGAAGACCAAGCCAGUAGAAGCUGUUGCCAAUAAAACAAGCAGCAUCCGAGCUAACUUUGAGAACCUGGCCAAGGAGAAAGAGCAGGAAGACCGAAGGAAGGCAGAAGCUGAGAGAGCCCAAAGAAUGGCCAGGGAGAAGCAGGAACAGGAGGAGGCUCGGAGGAAACUGGAGGAGCAAGCUAAAGCCAAGAAGCAGACCCCCCCAGGCUCUCCUGUCACGCAGGUGGCGGAGCAGAAGGCGCCCUCCAGCCCGGUCUACGAGAGCUCCCCUGUCUUCCUGCAGGAUGCAGUUUCCUAUGAAGCAGGGUCAGCCUACAAGAGCUCCAGCCCAUCCUACCCUGCUGCCCGGGAGCCAGAGGCUGGCUACAAGGCGGCGCAGCCGGACUACCAGGAAGCAGUGAGCCAGCAGGAGGGGGAGUACGAGCCAGAGACUGUCUAUGAGGUGGCAGGAGCAGCAGACCACUACCAAGCAGAAGAAAAUGCCUAUGAUGAGUAUGAAAAUGAACUUGGGAUCACAGCCAUAGCCCUUUACGAUUACCAAGCUGCGGGGGACGACGAGAUCUCCUUUGACCCCGACGACAUCAUCACCAACAUCGAGAUGAUCGACGACGGCUGGUGGAGAGGGGUGUGCAAGGGCCGCUACGGCCUCUUCCCCGCCAACUACGUGGAGCUCAGGCAGUAGGGACUCCUGCUGCUGCUCAUGCCUUAAUUCCCCAGCCCACCCACCACUUCACACACUACAGACAGACCACGAGGCUUUCCCGAGGAUGGAGGGGGUAUAUGCAUAUGGCUUUUAUAUUGAAUACUUCGCUGAUGCUUUUUAAAACCUUGAUGCCACAGAAAUCGCUAAGAUAUUGUAAUUACUCCGUCUUUCACUGAGGCUCUUGGGAUUUAUUUUCAUCUGGAAAGGUUUCUUCUCUGCCAAAUUAGCCAAGCCUUUUGGAGGACAGGUAGCUGUCUGCUGUAAUAUUGCAUGUUUUACUCCAAAGUGAGUAGAUUUAGUCACGUGUUCAAGUCUACUUAGUCUUCCACUGAGCAUUUGCAGCUGAGAAAGUCAUGGCUGUGCAGGCUGUUUUCAUUUCCAAGUGGGGAGGACUGGGGAGGUGCAGAAUUAUUUUUUUCCUUUUUUUUUUUCUUUUUUUUUCUUUUUUUCUUUUGCAGAUAGUGCUUGAAAAAAACAAAAUGUUUGGAAGUUGCAGCUAAUGGCAGUUAAUCAAAUACUGUCCAAUAUUUAUGGAAUAUUAAUGUUAUGAAGGAAACAGUCUGGUACUUUUUCCUUCUCUUUUAAAGUGGAGUUCCUUGACUCCUGAAUUAUUUUUUUUUUCCUCUUUAUAAAUUAUUUUUUUCUUGGUCCUGCUCCUCCUGCUCGUGUUAUCCCAAAGGAGCGCUGCAACCUCUCUAGCACUGAUUGUCCUGAAUUCCUUCACUCUUUUGUUGUUGCUUCACCCUCCUCUUUUCCCAGGAAAACUUGGAAAAGUUACUGUGCAAGUGUUAAGUCACCCUAGGAAAUUCCUGCUUGUUCAGAAGGAAACUGGCAUCCAGAUCUGCAGGAAUAUUCCCAUUGCUUUAAAUGGGAGGAAAAGGCAGGAGGGGUGGGAUUGCAGCUGUGUUCUGUGUGCAGUGCAUCCGUGCUCACAUGAGGAAGGGCCUGCUGUGCAGUAGUGACAUUUUAUGGAACCGUUUUCGAGUCAAGGAAUGUUCAUCUUUGGAUUUGAAACCCAUGUAAAUGAUCUCCAUUCUUGAACCAGGCUUUUUUGUGUAUGUUCAACAGAAACUGCCAGUACUGUUCUACUAAACAACACAAUUAAACCUGCUUGGUUUUUGGCUUUUUUUUUUUUUUUUUUUUUUUUUUUUUUUUUUUUUUUUUUUUUUUGCCAAAACUGAAAUUCCUGUUGCUCUAGAGAGCUGGCCACUGCAGAUUUAGGGUCCCUACCAAAGAUAGCAAGUUGCAUCCAAUAGUGCACGUGUUCAGUGUCUGUACUGUCUGUUUCCACUUUCUGAUCAAAAGGAAAAUGGCAAAUCCGGUGUAGCAGCCAAGAAAAAAGGCAAAGACUUCUUAUUGACUCUAAAUUUGGACCAAUGGAAUAUGGAAGGCCUGUACAAAAUGGUGAAAUGUACAGAAUCCUGAAGGAGAAGGUAUCAUGUUGAACCAGCUCUUGGAUGGUUGGGACAAUCCUUCAUGAAUGUCACAUGUGUGUCAUGAUUAUUAUUACUAUUUUUUUCUCCUUUCCAUGGUCUCAUAUCUGUGUUGUAUUUGCAUUACUAGGGUUGGGUUUUAUAUGCAGUUUAUUUUAUUCAAUUUUGCAUAGAACACCUCAUAGGGAUUUGAUUUUUGUAAAUUAAAUAUUCAAUAAACUUUUUGAACCAUUUGCAUUGAAUAUUCUUUCAUAUUUUUUUAAAAAAAUCAUCUCAGCAUCAGCCUUAGCUUU